GUUUUCUAGCAGCAGGUUUCUGGUGCGUCAAAGAAGGGUAAAACGAUAUACAGCUGUUUUCUGCCCAUCACGCGCUGCUCCUCCGCUUUGUGAAGGCGCCGAUUUAUACAUAUCGAAGCAGAACGAAGCGAGUGUUACAUAGUAACAAAACAACAACAACAACGGAAAGAAGAAACAUUCCAAACGGCAGCCGCCUUUUUUUUCUUCCUCUUCACUUUUUUUACAUAUAUUUUGUUCCAUUCCUCCACUUUCUGAUACACAGCAAUGAGCUCGUCAACUUCCUCUUCGACAGUUAAUGGGAGCAGCCGCGGCCCUCAAAUCAUCGCCGCCGCCGUCACCGCCGCCGCAGCCCUCGGCGCAGGACUGACGUAUCUGAUGCUGUCCUCCAGCGGCGGAGUCGGCACCGGCGGUGGCCGGCGCGCGUUUCGCUCCGACUCGGCUGUGGAAGCUCCCCGGCAGGCCAUCGCCGAGGCCCUCGCGGCGAUCCGCAGUGGCCGGUGCACGACCUGCGGGGAGCUUGUCGCGUUUCUGCGCGGCUCGCCCACCGCCCCGGUACCGGCGGCUGCCCGGUUGGGGGUGCUGGAGCUGCAGCUGCCCUCGCAAAAGUUGCCGCCAGCGAAUGCCUUUCUUGUGCGUGUGCCCUACCCUAUCCUGCAUUACAUCGAGGUCAGCUACUUGCCAGCGGUGCGUCGCCAGCUCUCCUCGUCCGCUCAGCAGGAACAGGCGUCAACGAAGCCGCCGGCGUCGCUGCGGGUGGAGUGGGAGCUCUUUAACCAGCUGUGGGGCUCUGAUCUUGUGCUGCGCCGCAUGGGCGUGGAGCGGGCGAGCGUCUUCGACAACGACAACCGCAGCCACCUCAACCUCCUGCAGCAACUGUGGAUGGCGACAGGGAAGCCGGCAACGGCGUACAACCGUCUCGGCUCUCAGUGGAGCGCGCUCGGCUUUCAAGGCGAGGACCCCGUCACCGAUCUGCGCGGCGGCGGCAUCCUCGCCCUGCGCCAGCUCGUCCACUUUGCACAGGCGCACAACACCGCGUUCCGUGAAAUGAUGGCGUACAACGAACGCAUCCAGCGCGAGAACAAGCACAGCUGGUACCUGCUCGCCGUCGUCAGCAUUCAGCUCUCCACGCAGUUGAUCCUGGAGCAGGACCACCAACUCCACCUGCCGCACCUGGAGCUCAUCUACGAUACCCUGCGACAGGGUGCCGCGGGCGAUGCCACGGCGAAACUGACGGCGCGACGCGCGCUCGCGGCACAGAAGAACGUAUCGAUGACCAACACCAGGGCCGAGGACACCGCCGCCUUCUGGGAAACUUGCGCUCCCCUCACGAAUGCUGAGGCUGGCAUGUUUGCCUUGCAUCACGCGCUGCUGCUGCACUUCAAGGCGUGCUGGGAGCGCGACGAGCCGCACGUGAUGGAGUACAAUACCUACAUGCCCUCGAAGGUCUUCGCCACCUUCUUCUCGCCAAGCUGGAAGGACACCAUCCUUUCUGCGUAG